AAGAUGUCAGCGCCCUUGUUCCGAAGCUUUUGCAGACGGUGCUUGCGUAAUUUUUCAAAAACUGCUAAAUUAAGGAAUGACAGCAAUGGUCUGAACUUACAACGAGUUUUUAAGUUAAAUUUAUCUCAACGACAGUUCCACAAAACAACAGGUCCACUGUAUCAUGGUGAUUAUGAAAUGCAAGAUCCAAAGAGUGAGGAUGAAGUAGUAAACAUUGUAUAUAUAACAAGGAGUGGGGAGAGGAUACCAAUCCGGGGAAAAGUGGGAGACAACGCCAUGUACCUGGCUCACCGUUACGGCAUUGAAUUGGAAGGUGCAUGUGAGGCGUCGCUGGCCUGCUCAACAUGUCAUGUGUACGUACAUGAGGAUUAUUCAGACAGAUUACCAGAACCACAGGAAGAAGAAGAUGACAUGUUGGACAUGGCAGUAUUUUUGAAAGAAAACUCAAGACUAGGAUGUCAAAUUGUACUUAAUAAAGAUCUGGAAGGGAUGGAGUUAAGUCUUCCCCAAGCAACAAGGAAUUUCUACGUUGAUGGCCACGUCCCACAGCCUCACUGACACUGGACUUCUGUUGACCUCUUAGUCGUCCAAACAAUGCUCGUCACUCAACGUUAUGGACUGUAUAACGGACCUCUACACACUAAUGUAUGUGUGUGAUUGUUUAGUGGCUGGUAACUAGAGUCCACUACACUGUUGUACAAGUCCGUGUCAUGUCUUGGUGUGCUGUGUGAUGAGAUCUCGACCCUAUAAUGUGAUUUUGAAAUACCUCUCCACCAUAUUUGGCACCUUUGUAGAGUGAUGAACUCUAGAUUGAAAACACCUGUUAUCCCCUGCAGGUAAUGAAAGCCCUUGGUUUCCAAAUUGGAUACCGAUGUGUGAUUGUGUACCUGUAGUUGACAUACUUGCCAUUGAACCCUCCCUAUUUAAGACUCCCGAUUAAGGACCCUUAAAUUACGCAUUUUCAACCUGUGAAUUUGCUAAAAUAUUCCCAUAUUCUAAGAUCUAAUGAUUUCAUCUAAAAGAACAACUCAAAAUAUUCUAUUUGAUGGGGUUAUUUUGUCACUAUACUUUGUAUACAAACAUGUAAUCUAUAUUUUAAUUGUAAGCAUGCAGAAUCUCCCCCAUGGACAUGGCGAGUAUGAGUCGACAGCAGAUUGUUGUUCUAUCUUUGAUAAGGUACCUCAAGGUUUUUGUCCUUUCUGUGAAAAUUUGCCUCCAGUUGUCAAAAAAAAUGUUUCUCUGGAUGUAAUUUGGGGCCAACAUCAAACGAAAGAAAAAAUGGUUCUUACUUUAAUUGUGUGCUUAAAGUUUACAGCAAAUUUUGUUUUGUCUGAUUUGGUGUUUCUAUGACAAGCAGGUUGCUGGGGGGUGGGGGGCAAGCAUGCUGUAGAAUUGUAUCGUGAGACGUAUAGUCUAACAAUCCCGGUCCUGAUGAUUACAAUGGCUUUGAGCAUAGUAGAAAAUGGCAUCAAGCAUAUUUUGCAACAUGUAAAUUGUAUUGGCAAUUGUAUUGGCAAUCCGGAAUAAAGUUAAAUAGUAAUUUUGUUGUUAGAAAAUCUUUGCACAUAUUUCAACAAACUGUAAUAAUGCAAUCCAAUUUGCACUGUGGAAUGUCUUUUUAUACUUUUCAAACAGUUUAUGAUCUGUUUAAGUUUUUAAGUGAUUUGUGAUCUGAUAAGACAUUCAAUCAUCACACUUUGAAAUAAUUCUAAUAUCUUAAGUACCCUGGUGUUUGUUAUGAGCAUGUCACGUGACAUUUUAUUUUACAAACCAUAUGUGAUUUGAAUUUUUUUUUCAAAUAUAUUAGAGAAGAAAGAUGGUAGCUCAAGUCUAGAAGUGUAUGUAGUGAUAUUAAGGAAUAUUGAUAUUACAGCAAUAGGGCCUUGUUGUUCAAAGCCAGAUAACCUUGAGGUGAAGUUAAUGCAGAUUUUUCAUCUUGAAAAUAUUUAAGUGUUAAUUCAAGUUCAAGGAUCCCAUUCCAACUGUACUGUGCUUUAUUCGUAUAUACAGUAACCUCCCCUUACUUUUGUAUUACCUCUUUGUCAACACCGUUGUUAGCUUGAAGUUGUACAUACGUAAUUACAGCAAAGCUGGGCCAGGACUUUUCCCUUGACCAGGAAGUUUAGAUAGUAAGAGCGAUUGGAUAACAACUUGAAGUUCAGGGUUCAAAUUCCAGUCUAGCCCCACUGUUUUCUCAAUCAGAACACGGUUGCUGAUUACUGUUUGGUUUAUUAAGUCCUGAAAGAUAUGGUUUCCUUUGUAUAUUUUUAGGUCACCUGAGACAAAGUCUCAAGUGACCUAUUGCAAUCGCCUUUUGUCCGUCGUCGUCCGUCGU